AUGCAUGAUCCGAAAGAUAGUCAUAUGUCCGCUCUUAAGCGAAUAAUUCGGUACAUACAAGUUACUCUUGAGCAUGGUUUGCAUCUUUAUCCAUCAUCUAUUUCUACACUUAUAUCCUAUACUGAUGCUGAUUGGGGUGGGUGUCCCGAUAUGAGGCGAUCUACUUCCGGAUAUUGUGUAUUUUUGGGUGAUAAUUUGAUCUCUUGGUCAUCCAAACGCCAGGCUACUCUUUCCAAGUCUAGUGCUAAGGCAGAGUACAGGGGUGUUGCCAAUGUAGUUUCCGAGUCAUGUUGGAUUCGAAAUCUAUUAUUAAAGUUACAUUGUCCGAUUAAAAAGGCGAAUUUGGUGUAUUGCGACAAUGUGAGUGCUAUUUACCUUUCUGGUAAUCCGGUACAACAUCAACGUACCAAGCAUAUCGAGAUGGACAUACUUUUUGUCUGUGAGAAGGUGGCUAGGGGUGAAAUUCGAGUCCUCCAUGUUCCCCAUAGGCACCAAACAUCUUCACGAAAGGACUACCACGAGUGCUCUUCAAGGAUUUUAGAGAUAGUCUGA